CCCACACCCACCAGCGAGCUCUUGACGAGCCUCGAUAACUAUUCUCACUCAGAAUGAUGUCCUUCAUUACUCUCUGCGUUGCUUUCGUAUUUAGUCUGCUGCCUUUUGUCGCUGCUCACGGAUACGUGAGCGGCAUCGGCAUUGACGGCCAGUGGUAUUCUGGUAACGCGCCAGGACAGAACCAAGGACCGAGUCCAAUUCGCAUGGUUGCCAACAACGGGCCUGUCAAGGGCGCGACCAACCCAGACAUUGUGUGCGGCCUCAGCGCUCAGAACGCUCAACUUGUCGUUCCCGCGAACUCUGGAAGCCUGCUCUCUGUCCAGUGGUCUGGCGGCAGCGGAGGCAGCGCAGAGCACUGGCCUCACGAGGUCGGACCUGUGAUGACUUACAUGGCCCCCUGCGGGUCGACGCCCUGCAAUCAGUUCAAUGGCACUGGAGCCGGCUGGUUCAAGAUUAACCAGGCUGGCUUGGAGUCCGAUGGGAGCACAUGGUACCAGGGAACAAUUGCGAGCACGGGUGACACCUUCGACCUAAAUCUCCCAGAGAAUCUCUCCCCGGGAGGUUACCUCAUCCGGAAUGAGCUCAUCUCGCUGCAGAACGGUAUCUCGGUCGGAGGAGCUGAGUUUUACCCCUCGUGCUUCCAGGUUAUGAUCGGGGGCAAUGGCAACGGCUCUCCCAGCCCCGCCGUGUCCUUCCCCGGUGCCUACUCUGACACCGACCCGGGUAUCUACGUCCCUGGCAUCUACAACGGCCCUCAGGCUCUCGCGAACUACACCUUCCCCGGCGGCCCCGUCGCGAACCUCGCCGCCACGAGCAUGACACUGGCGUCCCCCUACACCGGCCCCACCGUCUUCCCGUCUGCCGCUCCUGCCUCAGACUCUGCCCCGGUGAACAGCGGCCAGCCCACCGCGUCCGCUCCCGCCGCUUCCGGCGCGUCUGGGGGCCCCGCGGCAGCCACAUCAGCCGACGACGGCGCGCCACCGGCUUCUGCUACGGGAGCCGCGGCCGCUCCGACGCAGUCUGGCAACUCGUGCUCGCUCAAGGCAAGGGAGCGUGGCACCAUCAACCAGAGGCGGCACUUCAGGCGGUCCGCGCACCGUGCGGCUGGCCAUGCAGAGUCGUACUGAGCGUACAAUGCCCCUCCGGGUCGUCCUCACAGCCUAUUCAUUAUCGGUGUGUACUGGGUCCUCGCUGGAUGAGGUCCAGUCACUGUCACCGUAUCAAUGUAUCAAUCAAACACUCCUGUAUCGGUUAUGUAAAUAUAAAUAUCUUUAUUUCAGC